CUACCUUUUGUCCUACCUUCGCUUGCCAGUCUUGCACCCCUUGCUCUUGCAUGAUUCUCAUCCGUCCUCUUGAUCUUUUCCUUUUCGUCGAAUCUCCAGCAUUCCUCUUUCUCGCCAGACAACCACCGUAGCUUUCAAUUGAUUGUCUCAUUUGACAACUGCACCCCUCUUCAAGCGGGGCACAACCACGUCAAGACUUCCCCCAAACAAACUCACCAUGACCACCCGAUACCGUGUUGAAUAUGCACUCAAGUCCCACCGUCGGGAUCAACUGAUCGAAUGGAUCAAAGGCCUCCUGGCAGUACCAUUUGUCCUGCACUCGCAGCCGACCGCAGUCUACCAGGAGCACAGCGAGAACCUGAUCGCGGUCGCAGCGGACACUCACCAGCGGUAUGCGGAGAUCUUCCGGGACGUAGAGAUGCUCAUCCGCGACCACAUCAAGCACCAGGAACAAAACGCGCCUGGAAAGUCGAAGCUGAAGCUUCUGGUGCCCACUGUGGGCUCUUUCUUCACGCCACUGUUCCUCGAAGACGCCUUCAACUACCAGGACAAGCAACGAUUCAUCAGCCGUCGCCGAUUUGUCGCGCCCUCCUUCAACGACGUGCGUCUGAUCCUCAACUCGGCUCAACUGUUCGGUCUCGCCCGCACCACGGGCGUUGACCUGGUCACCUUCGAUGGAGAUGUUACUCUUUACGACGACGGGGCCUGCCUGACCGACGACAACCCGGUGAUAUCCCGCAUCACACGUCUCCUUCUGGAAGAUCGCAAGGUAGGAAUUGUCACGGCGGCCGGGUACACCGAGGCGGCGAAGUACUAUGAGCGCCUGAAGGGCCUGCUGGACGCGAUGCACGAUUCGCCCAGUUUGACCGACGCCCAGCGGGCCGGUCUGGUCGUCAUGGGCGGCGAGAGCAAUUUCCUGUUCCGGUACGACGGAGCGUCGCCGCAUAAACUCACGUAUGUCCCUCGCUCGGAGUGGAUUCUGGAGGAUAUGCGAUCCUGGCAAGAGGGCGACAUCACGGAGCUGCUGGACAUUGCAGAGUCCUCGCUGCGGGCCUGUGCCGCCAACCUGAGCCUUCCCGUGGCGGUGCUGCGGAAGGACCGGGCCGUGGGCGUGUACCCGCUGGACAGGAGCAAGAUCACGCGGGAGCAGCUCGAGGAGACGGUUCUGGUCGUGCAGAACACGGUGGAGCGGUCCUCGGUCGGCUCGCGGCUGCCGUUCUGCGCUUUCAACGGUGGCAAUGACGUGUUCGUGGAUAUCGGCGAUAAGUCCUGGGGUGUGCGGGCAUGCCAGAAGUACUUUGGGGGCAUCGAACCCGCUCGCACCCUGCACGUGGGAGAUCAAUUUCUGUCGGCUGGCGCCAAUGACUUCAAGGCAAGACUGGCGUCGACCACGGCGUGGAUUGCGAGUCCGGCGGAGACGAUGCAGCUCCUGGAUGAACUCCAAGGUCUAGCUUAAUUGACUGUCGGAUCAGUUAUGACAUGUCAGACUCUGGUUGAAAUCGUGUGAAAGCAGUAUGCAUCGCAGGAUAGUGAAGGGCAGGGGUUCAGCUACUACUCCGUAAAUCCUACAGGAUCCAGAAUUCGUAUCGAG